AAAAUUGACAAGUGUUUCAAAAUUCAUGUUUCAGAAGAGAAAUUAAUUGAAGGACAAAUGAUUCAACUUGAAGAUGGAUCUACUGCUUUUUUCCAACAAGUAACUCUGCAGAAAGAAUCGAUUACAUUUGAAGAUGGUCAGCCUGUUGCACUGGAAGAUGGCACCAUGGCUUUUAUACAUCAUACUCCUAAAGAGGGUUUUGACCCCAGCACCCUGGAGGCCAUCCAGCUGGAAGAUGGAUCCACAGCUUUCAUACACCGUCCUGUUCCCACGACAAUGGGUGGCAGCAUCCUGGCAGUGCAAGCAGAUGAGGGGCUGGAGGAAUUGGCAGGGAAGAAAAAUGAUGCUUUUGAUUUAGAUACUGAUACCACUCUGGAGGAUUACACCAGCAAG